AUGGGGAACGCGUUGCACCAUGACGCCGAGGACAAUACGACGGGUUUCACGGAGAAGGAAAGGCGACUCCUCCACGAGUCGUGGCAGAACUUCACCAAAAGGCACCCGGACUACGGCGUCAUCCUGUUCACGGCGCUCUUCGUCAAGCAUCCCGAGUACCAGAAGCUGUUCAAGAAGUUCAGGGACAAGGAGCUCGGCACGUUCAUGAGGGAUCCGGUAUUCACGGAUCACGCGUCGACCGCGGGCCGCCAGAUUACUGCCAUGGUGGAUGCCCUGGAGACUCCCGGAAUCCUGCUGGAAAUCAUUACGAAGAACAUGGAGUUCCACCCCAUCGGGAGCGGCAUGAAACCCAAGCACUACGUGGAGAUGGGUCGCGUCCUCGUUGACGUGCUGUCAGCCGACGAGGACGAACGCGCGACUAGGGCAACCAUAAAGGCAUGGGAGAAGUUCUUGCACCUUAUAAACCAGAAGACUAUUGAAGUGUACGCCGAAGAAGCCAGACUAAACAAGCUAAAGAACAUCGACCCCUAUGAAGUCGAGUGCGGAAUGUCCACCACUGACAUCAUGGCCGGUGCCAACAAAUCUGUCGAACAAGUAGGCCACAAACAGCUCCCUUCCGUGGGUCUACAUCACAGAAAGGCAUCUUCGUCCGAGUUUUCAUCGAAAAAGUAG